AUGUCUUCCAGCAGCGUGGCUCAUACUAGUAGCGCGCUACGUCGGCACCCUGCGAGUCUUUUGCCACGCAUCGUGCACAACCCCUCCCUUACUGACUUGAUCCGUUACCCUGUCUCUCGUGAUAUGGUUGCCUAUAUUGCGAAGCAAGCCACGGAUGUGAUCCAGUGCUCGACCGAAAAUAAGAAUGAUGGUAGUGCACCUAAGAUUCAGGGCCUCCCGAACUUGGAAACUUUUAUCAUGAUGCUGGUCGAAAAGAGCAACGUACAGGUGCCGACUCUGCUUAGCACGCUGGUUUACCUCGAUCGCUUGAAGCAUCGUCUUCCUCGCGUCGCGAAGGGUAUGCCCUGUACACGUCAUCGUGUGUUUUUAGCCACACUUAUUGUGGCUGCGAAGAAUUUGAAUGACUCUUCUCCCAAAAACAAGCAUUGGACACGAUACUGCGUUUUCUUCUCGCAAGCUGAAGUGAAUUUGAUGGAAAAGCAACUGCUUUAUCUGCUUGACUAUGAUCUACGCAUCGAAGAAGAUGAAAUUAUGUACCAUUUCAGUCCUUUCUUCCGCCGCUUCGAAUCUCGUGCUGACGCAGGUCGUCGUGAGAUGUUCCUGCGUGGCUGUGAGGCGGGACGCGAGUGCGAACGUUACGCUCGCGCGUCGGAACGCCGUAUUGCGCUUCGAAACCUUCCCCCCUCCCAGGUGCCCUGCUGGAACAGUCAACCUAGAAGCGCACCCAGUACCCCUAAGCGAGUGGUUCCCCCCAAGCCUGACAUUAAACGGCAGGCUGUCCCUAUGCUCACACCCACUGCCACUCUCAAGUCGCUUUCGAAGCACGUGCGCAACUCUGAAACAACCCGCUCGAACUCUUCUAUAUCUGAAGCCGAGCUUACGGAUGAUAACGGUUCUGCAACUUCUUCGCCUGAUGAGGCUAAGGAAUAUGAAGAUGACAGGAGCAUGUCUUCUAUCCGACUUGUUGAAAGCACCAGGAUAAAUCCGGGUCUGCCUCGAUCCGGAUCUGCUGCCAUGGUCUCUACAAUCGAGCAACAAGUGUCACCUAGUCGUUCGUGCUACACGCCUACAUCGUAUGUGCACGCUGGAGACAAGUCUCAGAGCUUUAAUGAAUCGCGAACGCUUGAAAGCACCCCGGUUCGCAAUGCGAAGUCCGUCAGAGACGGCAUGCAGCGCUACUUGGGCAACGUGAUCCCUGGUGGAUUGCGUCGUAAUAACUCCCGAAUGACUCUUCGCGCACAGAACUACACACAAUAA